AUGGUCCUUGAUCCACUCUCCGCCAUCGGCCUGGCCGCAAAUAUCGUUCAAUUCAUCGAUUUCAGUCGGCGGCUCAUCUCGGAUGCAAAGGAGAUAUAUCAUUCAACAAACGGAACCUCAGCCGAAAAUGUUGAGCUCCAGGACGUCGCCGAGAGCCUCUCGCGUCUCAGCUCAACGCUGAUCAGCCCUCUGGAUCCCUCACAGGCCGCUGUUGCCCAGACCGAAGCAGAGAUUGUCAAGAUCGCAGCCGCUUCCCGUGUUGUUGGAGAUGAGCUCCAAGCAGCCAUCCAAAGCCUUACGGCCGGUGACGGCUCGCGCAAGAAAUGGCGAAGCUUUCUCCAGGCCCUCAAGACGCUGUGGAAAAGGGACAAAAUUGCCAAACUAAGAAAGCGGCUCGAGGAUGCGCGCAGCAACUUGUCCGUUCACGUACUCUCAUACAUAAGUGUGCGUCAAGGACAGGCUCUUCAAUCCUUGGAAGAUGCUCGGACACAAUAUCUCGAGAUCGACUCAAUGAGACUACAGAGACUUGAGACCAUGCUUGAAUCGCUCCGCAACCUUGUACAAAGUACGCAGGACAUCACAGGCGAGCAUUUGACUCGUAUCGAUCAAGGGCUGCGCAGCUCGGAGCACGAAGCAGAAAGUUUGCGGAAGGAAACGACCAUCUUGAAAAGUCUGGUAUUCGAGCGGAUGGCUGCGAGGUAUUCUGCCAUUGCUGAAGCGCACAAGGAUACAUUCAAAUGGAUAUUUGAACCUUCUCGGUGGCCGUCUUCCGAUCCUCGUUCCGGCAUAAGAUUCCACGAAUGGCUAACCCAUGGUGAAGGCAUCUACUGGGUCUCAGGCAAACCCGGUAGUGGCAAGAGCACUUUGAUGAAGUAUCUUUAUGAUUGCUCGGAGACGCUGCAACGCCUUGAAGCCUGGGCCGACGGCAGUCGUCUUGUUACCGCCGGAUUCUUCUUCUGGAUCUCCGGGAGCGACAUGCAAAAGUCUCAACUCGGUCUACUUCGACAGGUCUUGUUUGACAUACUCAAAACGUUUCCCGACUGGAUCCCAAUCAUCUGUCUAGAAAGAUGGGCAAGAUCUCGACAUGGUUUUCAAGCCGAAUGGACCAUGCUCGAGCUCAACGAAGCUUUCAGGAGACUGAGCCACCUGACCAUACGCGAUGAAAACCCUUCAAAACUCUGCAUUUUCGUUGACGGUCUAGACGAAUAUGACGGUGAUCCAUUGGAUAUCAUGAAGACAAUACAGAAUAUUGCUCGAAUCGACAAUGUCAAAGUGUGUAUUUCCAGCAGGCCAUGGAACUGCUUUGAAGACGUCUUUGGCCAGGAUCCUCGGAACAAAUUAUACCUACAAGACCUUACAAAAACCGACAUCGCCCUUUACGCGAGAGAAAAGCUGGACGAAGUAGCAAACUUUUCAACGAUGACAACAGAAGUCGCUCGGAUGGAGAGGCUGGUGUCGGAAAUUGUGUCGCGCGCCCAAGGAGUCUUUCUCUGGGUCUACCUAGUCACGCGAUCUCUCAGAGACGGCCUUAUAAACGGCGAUUCUCUGUCUCUUCUGUACGAGAGGGUACUGGAGAUGCCAAGUGACCUUGACAAAUUUUUUGAAAAAAUGAUCAAAUCAGUGGACAAGGUGUAUCGCAGGAGAAUGGCGCACACUUUCCGUGUUGUCCUUGCCACAUACAGACCCCUUCGACUGCUUCUUUACUCAUGCAUUGACGAGGGGGACGACAUUCUCAGACAGGGUUCCGUGAGGGAUGAUUUCAUGUCAGUCCAAGUUGACGAGAAGAUUCAGGUGGUAGAAGAAACAAUGAGACGACAACUCAAUGGUCGUUACAGAGGACUACUGGAAUCUACCGAAUCCUCCGACAAACCAGGAGUCAAGCGUGUCGACUUCCUUCAUCGGACCGUCGGCGAUUUCCUGGAGACAAAACAAAUGCAGGAUCUGCUUGCUUCUUACUCGGCACAAAACUUCAAUGCGUAUUUGUGCAUAUGUAAAGCGUUCAUUCGACAAGCCGAGAAUUUCCCAGGCAGUGUGAGCUCCCUUGAGUGGGACGACUUCUUUGAAUGUGCCUCAGUCGCAGAGGACGAAUUGGGCACUCCAAGCACACCAUUACUCGACAGAAUGAACGAUGUUUGUCACUUAUGCAGCCCGACGGAGAAAGAUAGCCUGGAGCUUGUUGACGAGAUCGACUUCAAAGACAACCGGAUCUAUUUUUAG